AUGGCUGGCAGAGUUUCUGUAGUAUAUCUUUUCUCUGUGUUGUUUUUUAUGUUGACAUUGUUAUCUUUUGAUACUGAAGCAAAGGUGCAUUUUCACAAAUGGAAAGUAAUUUACCAGACAUGGGCUCCUGAUUGCGUGGAGGUGAACAUCAUCUCUAUAAAUGGACAAUACCCGGGCCCCACCAUCAGAGCCACAGAAGGGGACACCAUUGCUGUUGAGAUAGAGAACUUGAUGCCCACUGAAAACGUUGUUAUUCACUGGCAUGGAAUUCGCCAGAUUGGCACUCCCUGGAGCGAUGGGACUGCUUCAAUUUCGCAGUGUGCAAUCUACUCAGGCGAAACCUACGUGUAUAAGUUCGUUGUGGACAGGCCAGGAACGUACUUCUGUCAUGGUCAUUAUGGACUACAGCGGUCGGCAGGGUUUCAUGGGUCGCUGAUAGCGGAUGCGGUGGGCAAGGAACCCUUCACCUACGAUGGAGAGCUGAGUAUCAUUUUAAACGACUGGUGGCACGAGAGCACUUCUGAGCAGGCCGUGGGCCUCUCUUCCAAUCCCUUCGUCUGGGUUGGGGAACCUCAGGUAUAUCAUGUACAUUUCAUUUAG